AUGAUUGUCGGUAACGCUCCAAAAACUUAUUUUGGUUCAGGAGAUAUACAAAAAUCAUUGGGUUCUCUUCCUGGAUUUCCAUGGGCAAAAUAUCCCGGAGAAAAACAUCUUCCCGGUCAUAAUUACACUGGUCCAUGUACCAGAGACAAGGUAGAAACUAAAGAAUAUGAAAUUAACGACGAAAACAGCAAGGUUAAUCACUUACAUGAAAGUAAAACGAGUGGAAAAUGUAUAGAUAGGUUUAGAAUGUUAAUCAUACCAGAUAAUGAAAAUAAAGAUCAACUUGGAUUGAGAGAUUUUUAUAUGAAAUUGGAAACGGAAAGUCCACCAUCAGUGAGUAUUAUUAGAAAUCCAGAACUACAAAAAGGAGGAAAUAUGAGUUAUCAGUUUUUACGAGCAACAGACUUUGAAUACGUAAAACUAUAUUUUGUUAAUAAUGAUAUAUUUACCUCAAUUGAUAUUCAUAAAAGUCAAGAAAAACAAAAUUUUUUAAUACUAACAAUAAGAGAUUAUGCUGCAUAUGUUAAUAUAUCAAUCUCUAUUGAAAAACUAAAAUUUUCACUUCAUCUGAAUAAGAUUAAUGAUUCGAAACAACAAAUAUCGUUAGUAACUGUAAAAGUUGUUAUUGAUGAUAGUAAACACGUAGCAGCUUUAUCAGAAGUUCACUUAAUUUAA